AUGAGGGCAUUGAGGUCUGCACUACCGGUACUUUCUGUGGUGGUGUUGUGUCUUCUGUGUGAGGUUUCGUGGGCACAGGCGGAGGGCAAAGCGGUAAAACUGUGCGGCCGUGAGUUUAUCCGUGCUGUGGUCUACACCUGUGGGGGUUCAAGAUGGAGGAGGCUCCUUAACCAACAAGAAAUUGAGGGAUUGUCAGUUGGGGAGCAGAGCAGUGCUGAAGUACCCGAUGAUAGCUUUAGCUCAGAGCUGACCGGACGUGACCUAAACCACAUGCUGACCAGACGCGACCUGAACCAUAUGCUGACCAAUGUCUGCUGCCAGGUGGGAUGUCGCAAGAGCGACCUCACCUUUCUCUGCUGA